GCGUUACCGUCAUUAACGUUACCGUCAUUUAGCGUUACCGUCAUUUAGCGUUACUGUCAAUUAACGUUACCGUCAUUUAGCGUUACCGUCAUUUAACGUUACCGUCAUUUAGCGUUAUCGUCAUUUAGCGUUACCGUCAUUUAACGUUACCGUCAUUUAGCGUUACCGUCAUUAAACGUUACCGUCAUUAAACGUUACCGUCAUUUAGCGUUACCGUCAUUUAGCGUUACCGUCAUUUAGCGUUACCGUCAUUUAACGUUACUGUCAUUUAGCGUUACCGUCAUUUAGCGUUACCGUCAUUUAACGUUACUGUCAUUUAGCGUUACCGUCAUUAAACGUUACCGUCAUUUAGCGUUACCGUCAUUAAACGUUACCGUCAUUUAGUGUUACCGUCAUUUAACGUUACCAUCAUUUAGCGUUACUGUCACGGCUCAGAAUGAUUGACAGGCUUCUAGCCACGCCCCCUCGGGCACAGCAUUCAUCCAAUCGCAUGGACUUGCCUCGAGCGCAAGUGUUGGCGUAGACUGAGAAGGAGCGAUGGCGAGCAAUAUUAGCAUAAACGAGGUGGAUUAUUUAGCCUAUUUGCGUCCCAGAAAAGUCGUUGGAGUGAGUUUCUCUUUAAAUAAGGAAAGCUCCCUGUCUUUGGAGGAAGAUCUCUCUCUCUCCUCGCUCCUCCGGACCUGAGCGUUGGUUCUGGUUCUGCUCCAGGACUGCAGCUCCCCUCCAGGUGUGUAACUGGGUGUGUGUCUCAGGUGGUCCACCCUGUUGCAGUAUUAUGCAGCAUGAGUCUGCGGGGCCCUCGCCAGUGUUUCUGCUCUGUGAGCGAAGAGCCGGCCUGACGUCCCUGGAAGCUUGCGGCUCUCAGAACUUCGCAGAGACUCUUCCCACGGAGAUGAGCGUGAGGAUCUUCAGAGAGCUGGACGCAGAAAGCCUGUGCAGAGCCUCCAGGACGUGCAAACUGUGGCGCUCCAUCAUCGAUGACAGCGAGCAGCUGUGGAGGCAGCAGUGCAUGCUGGUCCGGGCCGUCUGUCGCCGGGAGGUGGACAGCGAUCGCAGCGACGGCCUCUCCUGGAAGGUGACCCUGCUGAGGAACUACAGCCGCAGCCAGGUGAAGGCGGCCUGGCUAGCCGGCCGCUACAGCAGCGUGCGCUCUGCAGACGAGCUGCUGGGCAGCAAGAUGGCGCCGCUGGACGCAGAGACCUGGGGGGAGAUCCUGCAGGCGGAGCUCGACAGAUGAAGAAGAGGAUGAUGAGGCACUUCUCCCUGAUUUUGACUCUAACGUGUUUUUUUCUCUGAGUUCACUUUAAUGCAACACAGAUAACUGUAUAUAUAUAUAUUUAAUGUUUUUUAAAGAAAUCUGAUCAUGGUGGAUGAAUUUGGUGUAAAUAUAUGUGAGCUGGAAGUUUACAGUCCA